GGAACUGCUAAACCAAAAACCAGAGCUUUUUUUCCCUUGUUGGAGCACCUGCCCCAUCACUGGCUUGAGAGAGAUACUCAUGAGCUAUCACAGGGACAUAACUCUGGAUUCUGAAACAGCUCAUCCUCAUCUCAUCCUUUGUGAAGAUUUGAAGACUGUGGAAUAUACAAGGAUCUCGCGUGAUGUAUCUGACAAUGAAAACAGAUUUGACCAUGCUGUUAUGGUAUUGGGGACCCAGUCUUUCAUCUCAGGCAAACACUAUUGGGAAGUGAAGGUAGAAGAAAACAAAGAAUGGUCAGUGGGCAUCUUGGCAGAUUCAGUUAGGCGAAAGGGGAAAAUCUCCUUAUCUAAUAAAAUAAGAACCUUAGUUGGCUUCAAAUAUAGAAAUAAUUUCUUUCUCUGGGAUUCACAACAUGGCUUUUUUGAGAGCCCACCUAUCCAUAAAUUGGGCAUUUUUCUUGAUUUUGAUCAGAAACAUAUAAUAUUUUAUGAUAUCUUAGACAAAUCUGUUAUCUUCAGUCCUUUAAACAUACCCUUUCAAGGACCUCUUCGUCCUCUCUUUUCUCCUUGCUGUCCUGAUAAAAAAGCCAUCCCUAAAGGUCCUUGGAGUGAUCAGGAAAUGGCUAUUGUUUCUGAUGACUAUGGCAGACUCUCAAUAAUGUGACUAAAAAUGUGAUGGAAAAUGAUUUUUUACUCAUUUGACCUUAUGUGGAAAUGAUCAAUAAAGUUACAAAAUCAAUGAGAAUAAAA